GGCUUGGGAGAUUGGUAGAGCCGAACCGAUAUUUUCCAAUGGAAUAGAGGUAGAGGCGGGUCUACUGGCAGAAGGAGCAUGGCGUGGAGACAGCUGCGUAAGCGAGCCCUGGAUGCCGUCAUCAUCCUUGGGGGUGGAGGACUUCUCUUUACCUCUUACCUGACAGCCACGGGGGACGACCAUUUCUACGCUGAGUACCUGAUGCCUGCACUACAAAGGCUGCUUGAUCCAGAGUCAGCCCACCGCCUAGGUGUUCGCUUCACUUCCAUGGGGCUUCUUCCUCGAGCUACGUUUCAGGAUUCCGAUAUGCUGGAGGUGAGAGUCCUGGGCCAUAAAUUCCGAAAUCCAGUAGGGAUGGCUGCGGGGUUUGACAAGCACGGGGAAGCUGUGGACGGACUGUACAAGCUGGGCUUCGGUUUUGUUGAGGUAGGAAGUGUGACCCCCCAGCCCCAGGAAGGGAACCCCAGGCCCAGAGUGUUCCGCCUCCCCGAGGACCAAGCUGUCAUUAACAGGUACGGAUUCAACAGCCACGGGCUCUCCGUGGUGGAACACAGGCUGCGAGCCAGACAGCAGAAGCAGACCAGGCUCACUGCGGAUGGGCUGCCUCUGGGAAUAAACCUGGGGAAGAAUAAGACUUCGGCGGAUGCUGCUGCAGACUAUGUAGAGGGGGUUCGCAUGCUGGGCCCCUUGGCUGACUACCUGGUGGUGAACGUGUCCAGUCCUAACACUGCUGGUCUGAGGAGCCUACAGGGAAAGACUGAGCUGCGCCGCCUGCUGGCGAAGGUGCUGCAGGAGAGGGAUGCUCUGAAGGGAACACGGAAGCCGGCAGUGCUGGUGAAGAUCGCCCCUGACCUCACGGCUCAGGACAAGGAGGACAUCGCCAGUGUGGUGAAAGAGCUGGGCAUCGACGGGCUGAUUGUCACAAACACCACAGUGAGCCGCCCUUCUGGCCUCCAGGGUGCUCUGCGCUCUGAGACAGGAGGAUUGAGUGGGAAGCCACUCCGAGAUCUGUCGACGCAGACCAUCCGGGAGAUGUACUCCCUCACCCAAGGCAGGAUUCCCAUUAUCGGAGUUGGUGGUGUGAGCAGUGGGCAGGAUGCCCUGGAGAAGAUCCAGGCGGGAGCCUCCCUGGUGCAGCUCUACACAGCCCUCACCUUCCUGGGGCCACCAGUUGUGGUCAGGAUCAAGCGUGAGCUGGAGGCACUUCUAAAAGAGCGGGGCUUUAACACAGUCACAGAGGCCAUUGGAGCAGACCACCGGAGGUGACAGCACCUCCCAGAAGCCCCAUGCAGAACGUGCGCAUCCACUCAGGCAAGCUGUGUGGCGGCACCUCGAGAGGAAGAGCUGUCUCAGGCCAUGUUCCUUGAACUGUGGCCUGGCCGGACUGCACACGCCAGUCACAGUUGUCACUCGGCAGUGAAGGAUUUCUCUAACCACUUUAUGAGACCACAAACUCUACUGUCACUUGCUGCAUCUAAAUCCUGGGACUUUUUACUAUCAUAAGGACAUUGGCUCUUUGGGAGGAAAAGUCAUGGAGAAAAUAAAACC